CUGAAAGAAAACGUUGUUGGACUUUUUUCUUGGACACGAUGGCCGGCGAUAAAGCGCAAUUGAUCAAACAGAAUGAACAACUUCGCAUCCACGCUAACCUUCAGCGUGUGCCAGUAUCUCAAUCAGCGGCUGACAUGAAGGCCUAUAUCGAUAGUCAUAUCCAAAGUGAUCCAUUAGUCAAUCCAGUGGACAAGAAGGAUAAUCCAUGGGCAGACAAAAGCAAAUGCACGCUGCUAUAA